UUUCUUGCUUAAAGCCUUUCACGUUGGAUACUCUUACCAAGGUAGAUGUCAUAUUUGUAGACGUUUUUGUAUAUAUAGCCUAUACUAAGAGGUUUGGGAUCAKUUGAUUAAUCUGAAGUUAUUAUGGAAUAUAGAAGAGGUUCCAUGUUGAGGCGAGGGCGAUGGACCACCUUUGUCUUCCUAUUAUUGACCGUCCAUCAGUGUGUCGGGGAUAUUCGCUAUUCCAUUGCAGAAGAAAUUAAACGAGGUUCUGUGGUUGGGAGAUUUUCUCAGGAUUUGGGCAUCGAUGUAAAAACACUGUCGACCAGAAGACCAAGGAUCGAAUUCGAAGGUAGUGCACGAUACUGCGACAUUAACCAGAAGACUGGAGAUUUGAUYGUGAACGAGCGGAUGGACAGAGAGGAGCUGUGCGGACAAAGGCCGUCGUGUGCUUUGCAUUUUGACUUCUUUUUGGAAAACCCUCUAGAGUUGCACCGUGUCACACUUGACAUCCAAGAUGUUAACGACAACUUCCCAACAUUUCCCAAUGAAGUAAUCAAAUUAGAGAUCAGAGAAUCGGCCAAUAAAGGAGAGCGAUUUUCCAUUGACGAGGCCCUCGACACAGAUACGGGAGUCAAUUCAGUUCAGGGUUAUAGUCUAUCGGCAAAUGAACAUUUCACCUUGUCUGUUCACACAAGUGCUGAUACGGGUAAAUAUGCAGAGAUCGUACUAGAGCAUGAACUAGACCGCGAAAAACAGGACGAACUAUCACUUAUUCUGACAGCUUAUGAUGGCGGAAAGCCACAGAAAUCUGGCACAGUAGUUAUACAGGUCCGGGUACUAGAUGCUAAUGAUAAUGUCCCUGUAUUUACGCAGUCUAUUUAUAAGGUGAGUGUGCCUGAAAACGCUCCAUUGGGUACUGCCGUGGUCACUGUCAGUGCCAGCGAUGCAGAUGAAGGGGCGAAUGGAGAGGUUACAUAUGAAUUCAGUCAUAUUUCUAUCAAAACAAAAAAUACUUUCUCUAUUGAUCCAAAAAGUGGAGAGAUUAAAAUAAAAUCAAUGAUAGAUUUUGAAGAUACAUCGUCCUUUGAGCUGCGAGUUAAAGCUAAAGAUGGAGCAGGUCAGGCUGCUUCAUGUAAAGUUAUUGUUGACGUCGCUGAUAUUAAUGACAACGCCCCAGUCAUACUUAUUAAGUCAUUAAAAUCACCAUUGCCAGAAAACUCACCAGCCGGUACAGAGGUUGCCUUAAUUUAUGUACAGGACAGAGAUUCUGAGUCCAACAGCAAAGUAAGAUGUUCUAUUGAGCAGAACACAUACUUCAAAUUGUCCCCGUCAAUCAAAAAACACCUUUCCCUAAUAACUGCUGUGGAAUUGGAUCGUGAGACACAGUCCGAAUACAACAUCACUCUUAUUGCAACCGAUGAAGGAUAUCCUCCACUGUCAUCUUUUCAAACGAUUACGUUAAUUGUUUCUGAUGUGAAUGACAACCCACCUGUGUUUGAGAAAGAACAAUCCUACAGUUCCCUAUGUGACUGAAUA